AUGUUUUCUGGUCCUAAGCUGCGCAACGAUAAUGUAAAAUCAUAUAUCAAAUACAAAUUGGUGAUGUCCACAUUCCCUUAUCGGAACAAGCUAAGAGUCUUGGAGUUGUACUUGAUUGUGAACUCAGGUGAGUUGGCUUUCCAUUUUCCUGUGGGGAGAGACAAAGAACUAGCAGAAAUGAUUUCUGAUAUAAAAGCGUUUAUCAAAAAGCUUGAGUUUUGGGAACAAAGCUUAAUUGAUAGCGAUACCAGUCAUUUUCGUGUUCUUUCAGAAAAGAUAUCUCAAAGUCCAUUAGAACCAUAUGACAGUAAAUAUCAUGUAGAAAUAGUUUCUAACUUGAAGGAUAAAUUCAAAACUCGUUUCAAGGAUUUUAAUGAAAUUGCUAUAGUGGCGCAAUUUGUUGUUUCACCGAUCAGGGAAAUUGAUAUCCAACAGUUUGCAACUUCUGUUACGCAGAAUUUUAGCGAAGACAUCGCUGCGACAAAAAUGGAAAAAUCGUUCUGCUGCCAUGGCAUUAUAAAAUACAGAAAAAAUGCACUUACCUAUUUUGACAGUGAUAAACUGUUGAUGUCAACCAUAGAGACCCACCAAUGUGUGAUGUCGAUAGCAUAG